AUGCCCCACAGAAGGAGGGGUAAGGAUGUGGGUUUUGGGGUAGGGUUGGCCUUACUGCAGGACGCACGGGUCCUCAGCGGUUGCUGGGCGCGGAACCGGGGCCCCGGGCGCUGGGGGCGGAGCAGGGUUCGGGCGCUGGGGGCGGAGCCGGGCCCCGGGCUCUGGGGGAGGAGCAGGGUUCGGGCGCUGGGGGCGGAGCCGGGCCCGGGCUCUGGGGGAGGAGCAGGGUUCGGGCGCUGGGGGCGGAGCCGGGCCCCGGGCUCUGGGGGAGGAGCGGGGUUCGGGCGCUGGGGGCGGAGCCGGGCCCGGGCACAAGAGGCGGAGCCGGGCCCCGGGGCGCUGGGGCCCUUCGGGUCCGGGCCAACAAAGAACAGCCCGGAUACCCACGCCCACGGCUGGGCCUGCUGGUCUCUCCGUCCUUCUGUCGGACACAGUGUUCACGUUCCCCUGCUGCCCCGGCUGGCCUAUCUCCUGUCGGGUGGAGUUUGCCGGGGCUGCCACCUGCUAAAGAAGAGGAUGUGUCACCCAUACCUGCUGCUGGAAUUUCUCCCCAGGCAGAGAUUACAUUCUGUGAUGCUCCAAGGACAAAGGACGACCCUGCCUGAAAAAGUUUCAGCCUUUCACCCCCUACCGGACUCUUUAAUUGCCCUCUCUGCCAUGUUGCGAUGGUUAUGA